AUGUUCAAUAAUACCUAUCCCCAAACCGAAGAUACUGGCUUUAACGGUGUCCCUGAGUUGUUUAAUACACAUCUUUAUCAGCUCACCCAAGGUCAACCUGAGUUCUCUGAUACUGUCAUGAUAGAUGCUUCUCUCAUCAGUGAUGCGCUCAAUCCUGCUGUCCUAGGGCAAAACUCUAGAUCACAACCCUUGAUUUGGCAAGAACUGAAUAGGCUGGCUUUUUUGAACCUGCAACAAUCCAGGGGUUAUAGAAGCCCAGACCCACUAUACACCGGUGAAUUUUUAUACAGUCAAAAUCUCAGGGCGGGAGAAAGUUUGCCUUUGAGCCUUGGUACACCCGAUUUCAACCAGAGUCCAAACAUCAGUAGCUCCUUUUCUCAACCUAGCCUCAGUCCUAGCUCUCACCAAAGUCAAUUGUCAGUUUCUGACUCGUGUUAUGAGAGUACUGCUGAUGAAAUGGUCGAAAGCUUGUUUUCUCGUGCUACCAAGAACCUUAAUCAAACUGGUGGCGAUGCUGGUAUUGGCUCUUGUACCCAGUCGUCGCGUCAUUGUCAAACUCCGGUUUCUUCUUCGGUUUAUUCACCAUCCUCUGAGUUUCAGCCAGACUGUCCAAAUAUUCCCCAAGCUGUGGCAAGAAAGAGUGGCAAACGAAAGAGCAAAGAACCUAUUGGGAAAAGCUUUAUUAAUUAUCCAUAUAAUGGAAAGACAGUGAUGCAUCUGGUGGCUCAGCAAAACUAUACAGAUGUAGUCAGUGUGACUUCUCGAAUGCUCGCAAUUAUGCCAUUUUCUAUAGAGUCAGAGCUAAAAGUAGAGAACCCGUUGUCGAGUGAAAAUUCUAAAUUUUCACUUACUUUUGCUUUACUCGGCGAUUUAAAUUACAAUGAAAAGAUCAGUCUAGCAAAAUAUCACAUCCCAACGUGUUCUCUAGUAAUGUGUAGCUUCACAUUACUUGAAGGGUUUGCAUAG